AUGGAGUCUUCGACGACGACGAUUGUCGCGCCAGAAAUCGCAGCGGCAGAAAAGCAAAUUCCAGCUUUGAUUACAUUUCAAACACAACCAGAUAAUGACGAGCAUCAAACGGAUCGCAUCAACGCAUUGCGCUUGAUUGCCGACAGCGUCGCACAACAGCGCCAGGAAGCAAGCCGAGCAAUAAUUACUCAUCCGGUCACCAUAGCUAUUGUUUUAGCCUUGUGUGCUGUCAUUUCUCAUUAUAUCAAUGAUCUCGCUACAAUUGUGACUACAACUGCAGGUUGUUUGAUGGCAGGAAUGGCUGGAGUGGGUUAUCUCACUUAUGGCUACUUGGAUCUCGCGGAGAAGACGGGGACGUGGUCAUUUCUACGCCCAGAUGCGAAUUCUGACAAAGAAGACAUUCUCAUUGUCACCAAAUAUGGCGAUGAUAUUAUCGCCGCACUGGUUUUGAGAUUGUUACCCCUCUCCGAGACCAAGAAAAACCCCAAACUCAAGGCGGUCAUUCGUGCAUGGACUGUGAAACAGCGGUAUCGCAACAAGACUUUCGGAACGGCUCUGUUGGAGGAAGCAGUUGCUUUGUGCAAGAAGAAUGGGUGGAAGGGCCCUGAGUUCUCGCCGGAUCAUGCGAAUUCGAAGCGUAUUCUUCCGGGGAUGUUUCACAAGAACUUGGAUCGGAAAGAAGCGAAGGCUCGGAAGUUGUUGGAGAGGACGAUGGAAACGAUGAAAUAG